CUCCAAAUCAAUACAAGUUCCAAGUUCUUCUAAAAUCACCUCUCUAAAAUUCUCUCUUCCACACACAAUCACCCAAAUAUAAUACUCAUCAACUACUUUCUUCCAACAUGUCCGAGCUGGACCCGUGAAGGUAUUUAAGUUGGAGGCUUCUUGCUCUUAUCCGAAGCCGUUGCAGUCUGAUAUCGACCGGUGGUGCUCUUAUUCGGAGCUUUACCUCUCUAUGGGUUAUUGCGGCCCAAAAUAUAAGCUACCACUUUGUUUACUACCGUGCAGGAGCCUCAAGGAACUGACACUUGAGUAUUUCGAUUUCAAUUGCCCAGCUAAUACUCGGUGCAUAUUUCCCGGACUCAUCUCGUUAGAUUUAUACGGCAUUGAGUUCCAUGGUAAUGGUAACGGACUGGUCAAUACUAAUCUUCCGAAGCUUGAGAACCUGGCCUUCCUCGAUGGCUGUGUUGGUAAUUUCUUGGUCAGCGCUCCACAACUUCAAAGUUUGGACGCACGUGGCUGUGUGGAAGGGGUCACAAUCAGAUUGCUCGCACUUCAUUUGAUCUCUAUCAAUUCCCUCUGCUUGUCUGCCUAUUUGUUUUCGGAUAACGAUGUGGUAGUGGCCUCUGCAGCACUCCCAAUUGCGAAGAAUCUCAGAGAAAUCGUGCUUCUUAGCUUCAGUUUUGAUUGUGGGAACCAUCUAACCUUUCUUAUCCAUUUGCUUAAAAAAUCCCCCAAACUGCGCUCGCUGAAGAUUCAUGUGGAAGCAGCAAGCCAAAUCUCUCCUCUUCCAUCGACAAAGGAACACAGUGGGGCGCGUUUACUAGGCCGGAGAACUGAGGCGGCAUGGUGGCUACAGCUGUGUUGCGGUGAAGAAGGCCAUGUGGCGGCGGUGACGGCGGUUGUGAUGCGGCAGCGACCACUCAGUGCGAACUGGCCGGAGAAGGACAUGGGGG